UCGUGUAAACUGACAGAGCCGAGCCCGGAGUUCCUUAGCGCUGAUGGUGAAUAGCCACCGCUGCGCUGACGGGCGGAGGAGAAGACGCCGCAGAAGGAGUCCGGAGUGGCAAAGGAGCGAUACUUCGGAGUUAGUCUGGUAGAUUUAGCAGUAUUACGUGUAUCAUCGGAUCCUUAGAAAGACCAAAAAGGAAGGGAAGGGGAAUAUAAGGAAAGAUGGCGGCCGCGGCCUCGCCGGGCUCCGGCUCGUCCACCUCCUCAGACUGGAUUGUGCUGAGAGACGGUUGCCUGCGAUGCGACGAGGAGGGCCUGCGAAGCCUGUCCUACCAUCCGGCCCUCAACGCUAUCCUGGCCGUCACCAGCCGCGGCAGUAUCAAAGUCAUUGACGGCACUUCAGGGGCCAUUCUCCAGGCUUCAGCGAUGCACGCUAAACCUGGUGGUCGUGUCAGGUGUCAGUAUUUCCCCGCAGUGGACAAGGUCCUUUUUGUGGACGACUAUGCAGUGGGAUGCAGAAAGGACCUGAAUGGCAUUCUGCUCCUUGACACAGCCCUCCAACCUCCAGUGGCCAAGCCUGAGGACAUGGUUCAGCUGGAGCUGCCGGUCACAGAGGCCCAGCAGAUGCUGUCAGCCUGUCAGGAAAAGAUUGAUGUGUCCAACACAGAGGGCUACGAAUUCUUUAUCUCCCAGCUCAAAGAAGGCCUGAAGAAUACCUCGCAUGAGACCGCAGCCAAUCACAAAGUGGCAAAGUGGGCAACAGUGACCUUCCACCUUCCCCACCAUGUGCUGAAGCUGGUGGCCAGCGCCAUUGUCAGUGAGCUGAAGAAAAUCAACCAGAACGUAGCUGCCUUGUCUGUGGCCUCAUCCAUCAUGGACAGGCUCUCCUACCUCUUGUCAAGUGCCAGGCCCGAGCUUGGGGUGGGCCCUGGGCGUUCUGUAGAUAGAUCCCUGAUGUACAGUGAGGCCAACAGGAGGGAGACGUUUACAUUGUGGCCACAUGCUGGCUACAGGUGGGCUCAGCCCGACCCAAUGGCUCAAGCAGGUUUUUACCACCAGCCUGCCUCAACAGGGGACGACAGAGCCAUGUGUUUCACCUGUAGUGUGUGUCUGGUCUGUUGGGAACCUACAGAUGAGCCAUGGUCGGAACACGAGCGACAUUCUCCCAAUUGUCCGUUUGUAAAGGGCGAGCACACACAGAACGUCCCACUGUCAGUGACACUGGCAACUAGCCCCGCCCACUUUCCCAACGGUCACGACAGUUCUGACAAGAUCGCCUGUUACGGCUUUGGCAGCUGCCCACAGUUCCUGGCUGCUGCUACCAAGAGGGGCAAGAUGUGCAUCUGGGAUGUCUCCAAAAUGAUGAGGGUGCAUUUGAAGUUUGACAUCAACCCGUACGACCCUGCCAUUCUGAGGCAGCUGAUCCUGUGUGGAGGCGAGCAAAGCCAGCAGACAUUGACAGAGUCUCGGAGACCAACUCUGGCCUGGCUAGAGGAGUCCUCCUGCUCUGACCUGCCAAAACUGGAGGGAGACAGUGAUGACCAGUUGGAGGAUUCAGAUAGUGAUGAGCAUUCCCGAUCAGAGUCAAUAACAGGUCAGCAGUCUCUGUGGGAGAGCAUGGACAUUAGCCUAGGAGUGACAGCGCUGAGUGUGCUCCAGCAGCCAGAGAAGCUCCAGUGGGAGGUGGUUGCCAGUGUGCUGGAGGACACGGUAAAGGACCUAGAGGAGCUGGGUGCCAACCCCUCAUUAAACCAAGUCAAGGCCCACAGCCAGGCCAAAGCAAAAGAUAAGGUCUCCGACCACCACAACAUUCCCCUCCCUUGCCUACUGGCCGGAGGCCUGCUCAGCUAUCGCUCAGCAUCCAGCACCCCAAUGGCUGGGCCCCAACCCACAGCCCAAGCAACAACACGCAGGACCACAGAACUAAGAACUCAGGGCCCUGAGCCCUUUCACUCUGGGCCUGUACAGGACCAAGGUCCCAUGGAAAUAGAGAUCUGCAAUCCCCAGACUGCAGCCCAGCAGCAGGGCCUCUCUAAUCUAGCAGGUUCUCAUCCUCCAAGCCCUUCUUCUCUGCAGGCUGUGCACAGGACUAUACCCGUGCUGCUGCUGUACAGUAUCAGAGAUGUGGAUGACAAAUCCUCAGGGCAGGUGUUUUCCCAAAUGAACAACCUUAUGAGCAAGGGGCUGCACGAGGAGGGCUUCACUGUGCCACAGAUCAUAGAAAUGGAGUUUGACACACACGAGCAGCUUCUUCUUCAGGAUCCCCCAAUCACCUACAUUCAGCAGUUUGCUGAUGCAGCAAAUAAUCUGGCAGGGUUGGAUGGUCACGUGGACAAAUGGAGCACACUGGCUGCGGCGAGUGUCUCUGCCCCACCUCGACCCGGAUCGCUGGUGCAGUGCUUGAGGCUGCCCAAACAGCUGGAAGAGGAGAAUCUUUAUGUGGACUCAAUAACACCCUGCUGGGAUGGUGUGCACCUUCUAGUCAGCCUGCAGCCAUGUAGCGCUGAAUCUCUUAGCGCCACAAAUCAAGUUGAGGCCCUCAACAAUCUCAACCGCCUGCAUUCUGCCCUUUGCAGUCAGCGAAAAGGAGAUCCCCUACACCCAGUGGCCAACGGGGUGGAAGGCCACCACCCAGGAGACUCCCCGCCUCAGACACCCCUCAUUCUGCCCCCGGGUGAUCAGCAGCAGCAGAGGUCCACAAGUGGUGGGAGCGGAGGGGGCUACCUAGCACUCUACAAGCUCAACUACUCUACCCGUAUUGUCACUUUGGAUGACGAACCUGUGAAGGUGCAGCAGAUCUGGGACCCUUGUGAUGCAAUCACCUCUCAUAUAUUGCUACCUCCAGAUGUGCUGGAUGGCAGGGAAGAUGACAGCGAAGAAGCUACUGAGGAGGCUCUUCCUUCUGCUCCAAAAAAAGGCUUGUCUGGGUUUGGAACGGCCCCGGCAGGUUCUGCUGGCUCUGGAACUGGGACUGCAUGUGGAGCAGCCACAACCAGCAGCAGCGCUACUCUCACUAGUCCCUCCACCUCUGCCUCCAGUCCCAAAGACUGCAAGAGGUUAGAGGUGGCAGGCCUGGGACACCUGGUGGUGACCACAAAGGCGGGAUACAUAAUGAUUCUGGACCUGUCCACGUUAGAGGUCCUGGCCAAGGUGGAGCCGCCUAAGAAGGAGGGGUCAGUUGAGGAGACAGACCCCUUUGUUUCAGUUACCUAUUGCUCUGGGACCGAUCGCCUUUGUGCCUGCACUAAAGGUGGAGAACUUCAUUUCCUUCAAAUUGGAGGCGUGUGUGACGAUGUAGAUGAUGGAGACAUGUUUAUUGAUGGCCCCCUUUCUAAAGGGGCUGAAAUGCUGCUUGAGGGGGCCAAGCCCUCCUCCAACCCUUCUAGCCCAGGGAUCACAGGAGUGGACCUCCUGGUGGACCAACCGCUGAGCACGGAGAGCCUGAUGUCAUUGGUGGAGCUGACACGCUUUGAGACAUUGAUCCCCCGCUUCUCAGCCACAGUGCCGCCAUGUUGGGUGGAGGUGCAGCAGGAGCAGCAGCAGCGACGCCACCCGCAGCACCUCCACCAGCAACACCAUGGAGAUGCAGCCCAGCACACUCGCACCUGGAAGCUUCAGAGUGACAGCUCCAGCUGGGACGAGCAUGUGUUUGAGCUUGUGCUGCCAAAAGCCUGCAUGGUUGGCCACGUGGACUUCAAAUUUGUCCUGAAUGCCAACAUAGUCAACAUUCCUCAGAUCCAGAUCACUUUACUGAAGAACAAGGCUCCUGGGCUGGGUAAAGUCAGCGAGACAGCGGUGGAUCGACAGAUCUCCUUUCCCCUCGCUAGUGUCCUCCAUGCCAAUGGGGAGAAGAAUGGCCAGCCUGUGCUGCAUGACUUCACAGAGGACAUCCAGUUCAUGGACAUAGAGGAGACACCAGGGUCCAUGUUGUGUCCAUUCCUAGAGGACCAUAAGGAAGAUAUCCUGUGUGGUCCAGUGUGGUUGGCUAGUGGCCUGGACCUCUCUGGCCAUGCAGGCAUGCUCAGCCUCACCAGCCCCAAACUGGUCAAAGGCAUGGCAGGAGGAAAGUACCGCUCCUUCCUGGUUCACAUUAAAGCAGUGAGUGACAAGGGCAUGGAAGAAAGUCCCCGGCCUUUGGUUAGAAUGCCCAGUGCCAAACCCCAGGGCACUAAAGCGCACUCACUGUCCACACUGCUGCAACGGGCUCAGGCCUCCAAGGACAAGGUUUCUGCAGUGAAGACGGAGACACAAACACCUUCUAAGAAAGUAGAAAACCUUCGAGGAUGUGACCUACUGCAAGAGGCUUCAGUUACAAUCAGAAGGUUCAAAAAGACGUCAAUACCCAAAGAGAGGCUCCAACGCUGUGCCAUGCUGCAGUUCCCAGACUUCCAUGAGAAGCUGCUGGAUGCGCUCUGUCUGUCAGAGGGCAGCCCGGCCACUGAGCAUGCUCAAAGCCUCAUCCUGGACAUCCUGUGCUGGCUGGCUGGGGUUUUCACCAACGGACCUUGCAGCUUAAGAGAGGGAAAGGAGGGGCUUCUGGCAAAAACCCGGACACGGCUAACGGAUAUUGUACGAGUGUGUUUCUUCGAGGCUGGCCGAAGCAUAGCCCACAAAUGUGCUCGCUUUCUUGCCCUUUGUAUAAGCAAUGGGAAAGGGGACCCAGGUCAACAAGGCUUUGGUGUGAGUCUUCUAAAGUCUCUGCUUGAUAAUAUGCCUUACUUGCCUGCAGCAGCAACAGGUGGCUCAGUGUUCUGGUACUUUGUGUUACUGAACUAUGUAAAGGAGGAGGACCUGGCGGGCUGCAGCACUACCUGCGCCUCUCUGCUCACUGCCAUCUCUCGACAGCUGCAGGAGCGCCUCACUCCACUGGAGGCACUGCUGCAAACCAGGUAUGGCUUGUACAGCUCUCCUUUUGACCCGGUGCUCUUUGACUUAGAGGUCAGUGGUUCCUCCUGUAAGAAUGCCUUCAACAGCAGCAUCGGCGUCCAAUCAGAUGAGAUCGACCUCUCUGACAUCCUUGCAGGAAAUGGGAAAGUGAGCAGCUGUUCAGCAGCAGAGGGCAGCUUCACAGCGUUAACAGGACUCCUGGAGGUGGAGCCUUUGCACUUUACUUGUAUUUCCACCAGUGAUGGCACACGUGUGGAACGAGAUGACACAAGCAUGUUUACUGUGAGUACUUUCGGCGUGACCCCGGCAGUGGGCGGCCUGUCGACUGGAACAGUCGGUGAAGCAUCGACAGCUCUGAGCUCUGCUGCGCAAGUGGCACUCCAGUCCCUGUCACACGCCAUGGUGUCGGCAGAGCAGCAGCUACAGGUCCUGCAAGAGAAACAGCAGCAGCUGCUGAAGCUGCAGCAGCAGAAGGCCAAGCUGGAGGCCAAGCUGCAUCAGACCACCUCUGCAGCCGCCGCUGCUGCCUCUGGUGUGGGACCAAUCCACAACUCUGUGCCUUCCAACCCCUCCUCCACUCCAGGCUUCUUUAUUCAUCCCUCUGAUGUCAUCCCCCCGACACCUAAAACCACACCUCUCUUCAUGACCCCUCCUCUCACGCCGCCCAAUGAGGCGGUGUCAGCAGCCUUCAGUGCUGAGCUUGCUCACCUGUUCCCAGGUUCCAUGAUGGACCCAGGGCCUGUCAACCUGGCUGCACACAAGAACACACAGAAAGCCAAGCCGAGCCCCCUUGGCAGUGGUCUCGCUUUGGCCAUUUCCCAGGCAUCUCACUUCUUGCAGCCUCCUCCACACCAAUCCAUCAUCAUAGAGCGGAUGCACUCUGGAGCUCGUCGCUUUGUCACCCUGGACUUCGGUCGUCCAGUCUUGCUCACUGACGUUCUGAUCCCAACUUGUGGCGACCUGGCCUCCCUGUCUAUUGACAUCUGGACGCUGGGUGAGGAAGUGGAUGGCCGCAGGCUGGUCGUGGCCACUGACAUCAGCACACACUCUCUCAUUCUACACGACCUGCUUCCACCCCCUGUCUGCAGGUUCAUGAAGAUCACUGUGAUCGGUCGCUAUGGCAGCACCAACGCGCGGGCAAAGAUCCCUCUGGGUUUCUACUAUGGCCACACAUACAUCCUGCCUUGGGAGAGCGAGCUUAAAUUGAUGCAUGAUCCUCUCCGGGGAGAGAGCGAGGCGGCCAGUCAGCCAGAUGUAGAUCAGCAUUUGACCAUGAUGGUGGCGCUGCAGGAGGACAUCCAGUGCAGGUACAAUCUGGCCUGCCAUCGACUGGAGACCCUCCUUCAGAACAUCGACCUGCCGCCUCUCAACAGUGCUAACAACGCCCAGUACUUUUUACGAAAACCGGACAAGGUGGUGGAGGAGGACCAGCGUGUUUUCUCAGCCUACCAGGACUGCAUCCAGCUGCAGCUGCAACUCAACCUGGCUCACCACGCUGUCCAAAGACUGCGUGUGUCACUGGGCGCCAGCCGCAAGUCACUCCCCACAGCUGGUGGUGUGGAGGCACAGGAGCUGGUUCAUAACUCCUCCACAGAGCAGCUGAGGACGAUAAUUCGCUAUCUGCUGGACACACUGCUGAGCCUGCUGCAUUCUAACAACGGCCACUCUGUGCCCUCGGUGCUCCAGAGUACCUUUCAUGCCCAGGCCUGUGAGGAGCUCUUCAAGCACCUUUGCAUCAGUGGAACCCCCAAAAUUCGUCUUCACGCCGGCCUGUUGUUGGUGCAGCUCUGUGGAGGCGAGCGCUGGUGGGGCCAGUUCCUUUCAAACGUACUGCAGGAGCUCUACAACUCAGAGCAACUGCUCAUCUUCCCCCAGGACAGGGUGUUCAUGCUCUUGUCCUGCAUUGGCCAAAGAUCUCUGAGUAACAGCGGUGUGUUGGAGGGCCUCUUGAACCUCUUGGACAACCUGCUGUCUCCCCUGCAGCAGCCACAACUGGCAGCUCUGCGGAGGACUGAAGGUGUUUUAGAUAUCCCGAUGAUCAGCUGGGUGGUGAUGCUGGUUUCAAGACUGUUGGACUAUGUAGCCAGUAUAGAAGACGAGGCCUCGGGUGGAAAGAAGCACCUUGGUGGAAAAGAGCGGGAGAGAACAUUUACAGGUAUUCAGUGGAGCUUCAUCAAUAACAGCCUCCAGUCUCAGAACUCCAGCAGGUCUGCUAAAAGCAGCAGCAGUCUCGACAGACUCUACUCCCGCAAGAUCCGUAAGCAGCUUGUCCACCACAAGCAGCAGUUAAAUCUAUUGAAAGCAAAACAGAAAGCUUUGGUGGAGCAAAUCGAAAAGGAGAAGAUCCAGAGCAACAAAGGCUCCUCGUACAAACUGCUGGUGGAACAGGCCAAGCUCAAACAAGCUACAUCUAAGCACUUUAAAGACCUGAUACGUCUGCGGCGGACGGCUGAAUGGCCCCGUUCCACAUUGGACACAGAGUCCCCAACAGCCAAAGAAGCCCCAGAAGUUGAACCUCUGCCCUUCACACUGUCCCAUGAACGCUGCAUCUCUGUGGUUCAGAAGCUGGCCCUCUUCCUCCUCUCCAUGGACUUCACCUGUCACGCUGACCUGCUGCUCUUUGUCUGCAAGGUGCUAGCUAGGAUAGCCAACGCCACAAGACCCACAAUCCACCUGUGUGAGGUUGUGUCUGAGCAUCAGCUGGAGCGCCUGCUGCUCCUGCUUGUUGGGACAGAUUUCAACCGGGGGGACAUCUCCUGGGGGGGAGCAUGGGCACAAUAUUCCCUAACGUGCAUGCUUCAGGACAUCCUGGCAGGUGAGCUGUUGUCUCCAGGAUCUCUGGACAUCAUGGAUGAUGUGGGGGUGGGUGAGGAGGCUGGGGCUUCCUCCUCCUCGGUGGGGGCUGAUUCGGAUGACUCCCUGCCUCAGCCGGCACCCAUCCCCCUGGUAGAGAGCCUAGAUGAGGCCCUGGUACCUGAUAUCAUCGCAGGUGCUCCACCUCUGUCAUCUUUGGAAAAAGAUAAAGACAUAGACUUUGACUUGCUACAAGACCUGAUGGAUGUUGAUAUUGAUCCUUUAGAUAUUGAUUUGGAAAAAGAUCCACUCGCUGCCAAAGUGUUUAAGCCUAUAAGCAGCACCUGGUAUGACUACUGGGGCGCUGAUUAUGGCACAUAUGGGUACAACCCUUACAUUGGAGGUGUUGGUAUCCCUGUGGCCAAACCUCCAGUGGCAGCUGAAAAGCCCGGCUCACAGAGUCUGUCAGUCUCUGUGUCACAAGCUCUGGAUGCCCGCUUAGAAGUGGGCCUUGAGCAGCAGGCUGAACUGAUGCUGAAAAUGAUGGCAACUCUACAGGCUGACUCCAUUCUACAAGCGCUCACCUCAAGCUCAUCGACAGUGAGCCAGACCUCCAAUGGCACUGAUGACUCCUUGCUGAGGGCUCUCCAUGGAGGAGGCUCUCCUCCUGGGAGCUGCCUCAUGGUCCAGUCCUCGUCCAUUCCCAUGCUGAGUGCCUGCUUUAACAAGCUCUUCUCCAUGCUGCAGGUCCACCACGUACAGUUGGAGUCACUGCUGCAGCUGUGGUUGACACUCAGUCUGAACACCUGCUCGGCUAACAGUGACGAGUGCGGAUCGGACAUUUUUAUGUUCAACGCAAGCCGAGUGCCCACCAUCCCGCUCAACCAAGCAUCUAUCAGCAGUUUCCUAACCGUGCUGGCGUGGUACCCCAACACCUCCCUGAGAACCUGGUGUCUGGUGCUGCACUCUCUCACUCUUAUGACCAACAUGUCCGCCUGCGCCUCCAGCAAUGGGAUGACUUCUCAGGAAAGCACAGCUCAGCAGAUGGUGUCUGAUCCCACCCUGGUCCAUGUCCUUGUGCGCUUCCUGUCCGGCAGCAGCACCAACGGGACGAGCCAGCACACCUCUCAGGUGGGACCCACCGCCACCCAGGCCAUGCACGAAUUUUUAAGCCGCCUGCAGGUCCACCUGUCCUCCACCUGUCCGCAGAUGUUCAGCGAAUUCCUGCUCAAGCUCAUGCACAUCCUGUCUACUGAGAGGGGUCCUUUCCAGUCAGGCCAGGGUCCGCUGGAUGCCCAGGUGAAGCUUCUGGAGUUCACUUUAGAACAGAACUUCGAGGUGGUGUCAGUGGCCACCAUCUCCUCUGUGAUUGAGUCCAUCACAUUCUUGGUUCAUCACUACAUCACCUGCUCUGAUAAGGUGGUUUCCCGCAGCGGCUCAGACAGCUCUGUGGGUGCCCGCGCUUGUUUUGGUGGCCUGUUUGCCAACAUCAUCCGCCCCGGAGAUGCAAAGGCUGUCUGUGGAGAGACCAGCCGUGACCAGCUGAUGUUCGACCUUCUCAAGCUGGUCAACGUGUUGGUGCAGCUGCCUCUGUCUGGAGACCGAGAGUUCAGUGGGCGGCUGCCGCCGGCUUGCAGCGGAGCUGCUGAUAGCAGCGUGUCAGAUGAGGAGAAGGUCUGUGGCAGUAAAGAAAGUGUGGGUGGUGGAUCCUCGUCCAGUCAGGGUCCUCCUGCCGGUGUGGCAGACCUGGUGCUAGCCAAUCAGCAGAUAAUGAGCCAGAUCUUGUCAGCGCUGGGCCAGUGCAACAGCAGUGCCAUGGCCAUGAUCAUAGGAGCCAGUGGUCUCCAUCUGACCAAACAUGAAAACUUCCAUGGGGGUCUGGAUGCAAUCUCAGUGGGUGACGGCCUCUUCACUAUCCUAACCACCCUCAGUAAGAGGGCCACCUCAGUCCAGGUCAUGUUACAGCCCAUCCUCACGUACAUGGCCUGUGGCUACAUGGGCAGACAGGGGUCUCUUUCCACAUGUCAGCUGUCGGAGCCUCUUCUGUGGUUCAUCCUCCGAGUGUUGGACACCAGCGAGGCUCUCAAGGCCUUCCAUGAUAUGGGUGGUGUCCAGUUGAUCUGCAACAACAUGGUGACCAGCACCCGGGCUAUAGUGAACACAGCACGCAGCAUGGUGUCCACCAUCAUGAAGUUCUUGGACUCUGGCCCUGGAAAGGCAGCGGAUGGCAACCUCAAAGCCAGAGUGAUGACCUCAGAGCCAGACAACGCCGAGGGACUUCACAACUUUGCCCCUUUAGGCACGAUCACAUCCAGCAGCCCCACAGCGCAGCCAGCUGAGGUCCUCCUUCAGGCCACGCCGCCGCACCGCCGGGCCCGCUCAGCAGCCUGGUCCUACAUUUUCUUGCCAGAGGAGUCGUGGUGUGACCUCACCAUUCACCUCCCUGCUGCUGUACUGCUGAAGGAGCUCCACAUCCAGCCACACCUCGCUUCUCUAGCCACCUGCCCCUCCUCAGUCUCGGUGGAGAUCAGCGCUGACGGGGUCAACAUGUUGCCCCUCUCGACACCAGUCGUCACCAGCGGCCUGACGUACAUAAAGAUACAGCUGGUGAAGGCGGAGGUUGCCUCUGCCGUUUGCCUGAGGCUGCACCGGCCUCGGGAUGCCAACACUCUGGGUCUGUCUCAGAUUAAACUCUUGGGCCUGACAGCGUUUGGUAACACUUCCUCUGCAACUGUCAACAACCCCUUCCUGCCUUCUGAGGACCAGGUCUCCAAAACAAGCAUUGGAUGGCUGCGUCUGCUCCACCACUGCCUGACGCAUGUCAGCGACCUAGAGGCCAUGAUGGCCAGUGCUGCAGCACCCACCGCUAACCUGCUGCAGACUUGCGCAGCACUACUCAUGUCACCGUACUGUGGCAUGCACUCGCCCAACAUCGAGGCCGUCCUAGUCAAGAUCGGCCUGCAGUCGACGCGCAUCGGACUCAAACUCAUUGACAUUCUGCUGAGGAACUGUGCUGCCUCUGGCACAGACCCAGGCAAUUUGAACAGUCCUCUGCUGUUUGGACGACUAAACGGUCUCUCCUCAGACUCCACCAUCGAUAUUCUGUACCAGCUAGGCACCACACAGGACCCAGGAACCAAAGACAGGAUCCAGGCUCUCCUUGAGUGGGUUCAUGACUCUUCACGGAUGGCAGCCCACAAGAUGAGCGGCCCCAUGGGAUACACUGGGGCCGGCGCUGGCUCUUCCUCUGUUUCUUUGAGAGAGUACGGCCUCCUCAUGCCUUCACCCUCUCACCUCCACUGUGUGGCAGCCAUCCUGUGGCACAGCUACGAGCUGCCUGUUGACUAUGACCUACCUGCACUGCUCAACAGAGAGCUUUUUGAGCUGUUGUAUAAUUGGUCCAUGUCGUUGCCAUGCAACAUUGUGUUGAAAAAGGCAGUGGACAGCCUCCUAUGCUCCAUGUGUCACAUACACCCCAGCUACUUCUCUUUGCUCAUGUCCUGGAUGGGGGUCGUCUCAGUGUCCAAUGCCAGCCACUCUCAAGCCCAGCACUGCCGUCUCUCCAUGACCGACGACGGCAAAAAGCAGCAUGACGCCAACACCAAUGCCUCAGGACUUACUGAUGAUUCCAAGCAUGCAGGAUGCCCCACGAAUCUGUCUGAGUCCCAGCUAACCACACUGGCAGCCGCCUCCCAGUCUCCAGGAGCCAUAGAGCAACUGCUGGACUCAGGCUUACCCUCGCUGCUGGUUCGCAGCCUGGCCCAGUUCUGUGUCGGCCUCUUGGCUAGUGCCGACCUCCCUUUGCCUGCUGCUCAGGCCGAGCGAAGACACCAGCACAACUACCACUCAUCCUCACACAGUCGGCAACCUCUGGCUCCAGAGCUGGUCGCGCCGGUGCUGCGCUUCCUCAUAGAAGUAGGUAACAGUCACGCCAUGAAAGACUGGUUAGGUGGUCCUGAAGUCAACCCUCUGUGGACAGCGCUGCUUUUCCUGCUGUGCCAUUCCAGUGCCAGUGCUGGUGCCAAUGCGAGUUGUCAGUCUCUGCGCUCAGGGUCUGCAGCAGCUCCACCUCAGCCUCAGCUUUCAGGGUCACGCUACUCUCUGGCAUCUUCUGGGCAAGCUGGAGGGCUCACCACCCAGCAGAGGACAGCUCUUGAGAAUGCCACUGUGGCCUUCUUUCUCCAGUGUAUCUCCUGCCAUCCGAACAACCAGCGGCUCAUGGCACAGGUUCUCUGUGAGCUCUUCCAGUCUGCACCCCAGCGAGGCAACGUGCCGAUCUCUCGAAACAUCUCAGGCUUCAUUCGACGGCUUUUCCUGCAGCUCAUGCUUGAGGAUGAGAAGGUCACAGUCUUCCUACAGUCUCCCUGUCCGUUAUACAAAGGACGCAUCAAUGCAACAAGCCACUUGAUCCAGCAUCCCAUGUAUGGCGCAGGCCACAAGUACCGCACCCUCCAUCUGCCCAUCUCCACCACGCUGGCUGAAGUCCUGGACCGGGUGUCUGACACACCCAGCAUUACAGCCAAGCUGAUCAACGAGCAGAAGGAGGACAAGGAGAAAAAGAACCAUGAGGAGAGGGAGAAGAUGAAAGCAGACAGCGGCUUCCAAGACAACUACAGUGUUGUUGUGGCCUCAGGCUUAAAGUCCCAGUCCAAACGGGCUCUGUCAACCCCUCCCCGACCUCCAUCAAGGCGGGGACGUGUGAUGAGCGACAAGUUGACUGCUUCGUCUGGUGUGGACCCCUCAGCCAAAACCAUUAGUGUGCCUGUCUUCCACCUCUACCACAAGCUGCUUCCAGGUCAGCCCCUUCCUCCUGAGAUGACCCUGGCCCAGCUACUGACGCUCCUGUAUGACCGUAAGCAGCCACAGGGAUACCAGUCCAUCAAUUUGACAGUCAAACUGGGCUCCAAGGUCAUCUCUGACCCUGGCCUUUCCAAGACGGACUCCUUCAAGAGGCUACGCACUGAAAAAGUGGACCACUAUGACACACUGAACAGCUGUCCUGAGGACGAACCAAUGUUGGCCAGUGAAGAAUGUCUGGAUGCCGCCACUGAUGACUCCCUGUUGGAGACCAACCCCAUCCAGUCACCACUGCAGGUCUUUGCAGGCAUGGGUGGCCUAGCCCUCAUCGCAGAGAGACUACCUAUGCUCUACCCUGAUGUCAUUCAACAGGUCAGUGCCCCAGUGGUGCCCUCAGCCACACAGGAGAAGCCCAAGGACAGCGACCAGUUUGAGUGGGUAACCAUUGAGCAGUCGGGAGAGCUGGUGUAUGAGGCGCCGGAGGCCAUCGCCACCGAACCACCUCCUAUCAACAAGCAGCAGUCCCAAUCGUCCUCGUCAUCCUCAUCCUCUGUGCAGACCAUGUCACCCAUCCCCGCCCACUCGCUGGCGGCCUUUGGUCUUUUUCUGCGCCUGCCGGGGUAUGCAGAAGUGCUGCUGAAGGAGAGAAAGCACGCCCAGUGUCUUCUGCGUCUAGUUCUCGGAGUCACCGAUGAUGGAGAGGGCAGUCACAUACUGCAGUCUCCGUCAGCCAAUGUGCUGCCCACUCUGCCGUUCCAUGUCCUGCGUGCAUUGUUCAGCAGCACUCCUCUCACCACUGAUGAUGGUGUACUCCUACGCCGCAUGGCUCUGGAGAUCGGUGCCAUCCACCUCAUCCUGGCCUGUCUGUCAGCUCUGAGCCACCACGCCCCCCGUAACCCCAAUGCCAGCACCAGUGUCUCUGAGCCGCAGAUGUCCAGUUGCCAUGGUGGGGGCACCAGUGAGGAACAGCAGUUGUACUGGGCUAAAGGAACUGGUUUUGGCACUGGAUCCACUGCCUCAGGCUGGGAUGUGGAGCAGGCCCUCACCAAACAACGGCUAGAGGAGGAACAUGUCACCUGCUUACUACAGGUCUUGGCAAGCUACAUCAACCCGUCUGGCUCCUGUAGCUGCCCCAGUGCUGAGGCUUCUUCAGCAGAGAACAGAACUCACAAUAGCUCUGCGCUGCCAGCAGUGCUGCAGGAGCUGCUGAUCCAGUCCUGCCUCAUCCCAGCCAUGUCCUCCUACCUACGCAAUGACUCAGUUUUGGAUAUGGCCCGCCAUGUCCCUUUAUAUCAGGCACUACUGGAGCUGCUGAGAGCCAUUUCGACCUGCACAGCCCUGGUCCCUUUGCUGCUGCCUCUGUCUGGGGACCCGGGGUAUGAUGAUGACGAGGAAGAUGAAGAGCACUCUGAGGGACAGACAUCUGUUGGGAUGCUGCUGGCCAAGAUGAAGACAUGCGUGGACACGUAUACCAAUCGCCUCAGGUCAAAGAAAGAUAAAAGUAAAGGUGUGAUGAAGACCGAUAGCUCAGAUCCAGAGCCGGAGGGCUUGUCUCUGCUGGUACCUGACAUCCAGAGGACAGCUGAGAUAGUCUACAUCGCUACUACCAGCCUGCGACAGGCCAACCAGGAGCGAAAGCUGGUGGAGUCUUCAAGAAGGGUGUCAAGCCGACCCAAGCCCCUGUCCAUCAUACGCUCUCAAGAAGAAAAAUAUGUAGCUGCCAUGAAGAAGCUGCAAUUUGACACCUUUGAGAUGGUUUCCGAGGAAGAGGAUGGGAAGCUUAUGUUCAAAGUGAACUACCAUUACAUGUCUCAGGUGAAGAACGCCAGUGAUACAAACAGUGCAGCCCGAUCCCGUCGUCUCGCUCAGGAGGCCGUCACCCUGUCCACCUCUCUGCCCCUGUCAUCCUCAUCCAGCGUCUUUGUCCGCUGUGAUGAGGAGAGGCUGGACAUCAUGAAGGUUCUCAUCACAGGUCCAGCCGACACGCCAUACACCAACGGUUGCUUUGAGUUUGAUGUGUAUUUUCCCCAAGAUUAUCCCAACUCUCCGCCGCUGGUCAACCUGGAGACUACUGGUGGACACAGUGUGCGCUUUAACCCAAACCUCUACAAUGACGGCAAAGUGUGUUUAAGUAUCCUCAAUACAUGGCACGGGAGACCAGAGGAGAAAUGGAACCCACAGACCUCAAGCUUUUUACAGGUGCUAGUGUCGGUGCAGUCCCUCAUCCUGGUGGCUGAGCCCUACUUCAACGAGCCAGGGUAUGAACGCUCCCGUGGCACCCCCAGUGGCACCCAGAGCUCGCGGGAGUACGAUGGUAACAUCCGGCAGGCCACCGUCAAAUGGGCCAUGCUGGAGCAGAUGCGAAACCCCUCACCAUGCUUCAAAGAGGUAAUCCACAAACAUUUCUACCUGAAGCGAACAGAGAUCAUGUCUCAGUGUGAGGAGUGGAUUGCUGACAUCCAGCAGUACAGCAGCGACAAGAGGGUCGGCCGCACCAUGUCCCACCAUGCUGCUGCACUAAAGAGACACACGGCCCAGCUGAGAGAGGAGUUUCUGAAGCUGCCCUGCCCCGACGGUCUAGAGCCCGACGGUGACGAGUUCUCAGAGAAGAGCGCCGCCCUCAUACUCAAAGAGCUGCCCAGUCAGGACGCAGAGAAGCCCGGCAGCAGCCAGGGCAGCCACUGCGUCGAGGGCCAGCUAUGAGUCCCCAACCCCCUCCCAGCAUCUCCGACCCUCCCCGCUCCUCCGUAUGAUUAUUUCUCUCGAAAAGACUUGAUGGCUUCAGAGCACAAGCCACCACUUUGUCAAUAUUUGUAUGUAAAGAUCUAAUGGCAUAAAAGAAUAGAACGAGGGGACGUGGGGAAACGGAAGACAACGAGAUGAACUAUGCUACACCCAUAUUGGAAACAGUCGACAAAAACUUUUAUUUACCUGUAAAAGAGUGUAAACAUUUUGUGCUUUUUUUCCAAUUGUGAAAUAACCACUGAUUGGUAUGUUAUUAAACUUGUUUAUGUAUACAUAUGGAAGAGGAAAAUUACAGAUUAUAUAAGGGAAACUACCUUUAGAGAAGAAUGUUUACUGAAUGUUAAUUUCCUUUUUUUUUUGACUGUUAGAAUGACAACAGUUGUAACCAAGGAUAGACUGUUCAUUCUUUAAGGAAACUAUUUAAAAAUUGAGCGAGAAAAAGAAAACACAAGUAAUAGAAUCUGAGAUAAAAGCUGCUCUGCUCAUCCACAGCUUCAUUUGAUUUCCUCCAGGAUCAUAUCCACUUGAAUAAUGCUGACGUGGACAUUCUUAAUGGUAUGUUCUCCCAUUUGCAGGCUCCAAAUUAAAAAGCACCAUGCUCUGGAUAAACAUUUGUUGCCUCUCAGAACUUCUCCAUGACUGUUUUCCAUCAACACGUCUGUAGAUUAUGAGACUGUGUCAGAGCCACAUCGGAAAUGUAUUUUGAAGGCUUGUGCAUGUGUAAGUUUGUGUUUUCUGUGCGUGUGCAACAAUCCCCAGUGAGAUACAAAGCUGUGAUGUGCCUUUGAUCUACACCAUACCACCAAAUACUCCAACAGAGUACCUUUUACUGAUUACUUUGCUAUUUCUACAAAAUUAAUGAUUCUGCUCCGUCUGACAUAAAAACUGCUUUAAUCUUUUUUUUUAUUAUUAUGUUGAACUCCAGUGAACAAAAACUGCACUUUCUAUUUUGCUCACUCUUUAGAACAGUCACAUACUCCUUUUGCUAGGACAUUAAAUGGAGCUUGAAAGUA